AUGUUAUGGCAUGUCUUUCAAGGCUGUGGUCAUUCAUUCCACAUUCAGUGCACUCUUCCCGAUAUCAGUGUCUGCCAGAUUUGUAAAGAUCUCUUGACAACAAAGGUUUCUUCAUUUGGCAAAACGGCAAAGGAAGCAGUCCACCAUUUCGAUCCAAGUGCUGUUCAAGAAUCGGUUGCAAACUCGAGCGACGAAGACGAAGACAGUAAUAGUGAGAUGCAAGAUCAAGAUGCGGACGACGAAGAACUUGUCCAAACGACAAACACACAAACUGUCCCUGAGCUUUUUAAUAAAGUGAAUGCUUGGCGAAGGUUUGAGGGACCACAAUUGUAA